AUGGCGAAGGAGAGCAAAACAACAGCAGGAUUAGGGGUUAUGCUAGACGAUGAAUACAAGACUUCCAUGGAGGCCAAGGAAGUUAAGAAAGAGACUUGUGUUAUCUGUUUGGACGAAGACAUAGGUUCUGAUGUCAUGUUUGCAGUUGAUAAAUGUGGUCAUUGGUUUUGCAUUAACUGUGUCAAACAGCAUAUAGAGGUGAAGCUGCUUGACGGAACGACCCCGAGUUGUCUUCAGCAUCGAUGCAAGUCUCAGCUAUCUAUAGAUAGAUGUGACAAACUUUUGACUCCAAAACUGAGUUUAAUGUGGAAACAAAGGAUUAGAGAGGACUCAACUCCAUUUACGGAGAGAUUUUACUGUCCAAACCCAAGAUGCUCAUAUCUAAUGUCCAAAACCGAGCUUUCUACUACAUGUUCUGAAUCUAGUGGAUUUAGGACAUGCUUCAAAUGCAGUGGCUCCUUCUGUGUCAAAUGCAAAGUUUCAUGGCAUCAUAGGCUAUAG